UAUUUAUAUACAUUCACGUGCGUUCAUUUGUCAACCUUGAUUUUUCGGUCAAUCUCUACUCUCACAAACCAAAUAAAGUAUAGCCUUCUUCUCUCAUAGUUUUGAAUGUUAGAGGUGUAAAAUCGGUCGAAUCGGUUGAUUUUGAUUAUCCUGUGAUGGAGCUCGCUUUGAGUUUAGGCAGUGCUUCGAAGCAGUUUUCUUCGUUUCUUGACAAGUCUGGAGCGAAAAUCUCACCUAAAGAUCUAGGGUUUUGCAUGGCUUUAAAGAUCAAAGGAGAUCACGAAGACGAUGAUCAUCAACAAGAUCAUGAUCUUCCUGUUCAGCUUGAUCUUCUUCCUUUCUCUCCGGUUCCUCGUACUCUUCAUCAUCAUCCUUCGCAGCUUUGCCUUCCAUGGUUGACUGAAAACGUGGUGUCAGAACCGGCUGCGAGAGAUGGGAUGGGAAAAGGGUUGGAUGUAAACCGGUUUCCGGUGGCUGUGGCGGUAGCAGAGGGGGAAGCGGAGGAAGGGACGACGGCUCUGUCAUCUCCAAACAGUACGGUGUCGUCUUUUUGUAUCGGAAAUAGUAGAAACAACAAGAAGGAUUCGGAAGUCAUUGAAACUCGCCAUCAAAACGAGAGAGCGAGUGACGAUGAAGAGAACGGAUUAACUCGGAAGAAACUGAGGCUGUCUAAAGAACAAUCAGCUUUUCUUGAAGAAAGUUUCAAAGAACACAAUACUCUUAAUCCAAAACAAAAGCUUGCCUUAGCAAAACAGUUGAAUCUUCGUCCUCGCCAAGUAGAAGUUUGGUUUCAGAACAGAAGAGCGAGGACAAAGCUGAAGCAGACAGAGGUGGAUUGUGAGUAUUUGAAGAGAUGUUGUGAAAGAUUGACAGAAGAAAACAAGAGAUUACAAAAAGAGCUUCAAGAAUUGAGAGCUUUAAAAUCUUCUCAACCUUUUUACAUGCAACUUCCUGCCACCACUCUCACAAUGUGCCCUUCUUGUGAGCGUGUGGCCACCGCCACCACUGUCACUGCCACCACAACCGCCGCCGCUGCCAAUGACAAGGACAAUGAUAUUGCCUUACAAUUGGGCCCUGCUAGAUUGAACCCAUUUUCGCAAACUCAAGUUCAAGCCCAUCAAGCAGCUACAUGAAAUUAAUGUUCAAAAAUAGGAAAAUAUAUUUAUAUAUUUAGAGCUUAAAAAAAUUAUAUGUAUUUAUGC